AUGGCGCACACCCAACCUUCCCCCACCGGGGGCGUCGCAACUCAUCAUGGCCAUAUCGCUGCCCACCCUCAGGUCAACGGGCAUCUUCCGUUGCAGUCGCAGGCUCAAAAGGGCCCUCCCCUUACGACCGCGCAGAAGAUCGCAGCGCUCAACGAACAGGUUUGGCUGCAGAUUGGUAGUUUGAUGGAAUUGAUGGGUGAUCUCGAUGGCGCCAUGAAUGCAUACGAGCAAGCCCUGCGUCACAACCAGUGGUCUAUCCCCGCGAUGAACGCCAUCUCCUGCAUCCUACGGACCAAGGAGCAAUUUCCUAAGGCCGUCGAGUAUCUCCAGAACAUCCUGAAGCUGGACCCGACGAGUGGUGAGACCUGGGGAAGCUUAGGCCAUUGCCAUCUGAUGAUGGAUAAUCUGCAAGAAGCCUAUACUUCCUACCAGCAGGCCCUCUAUCACUUGCGUGAUCCCAAGGAACCGCGGCUUUGGUACGGCAUCGGUAUCCUGUACGACCGUUACGGGUCUCUGGAUCACGCCGAGGAGGCCUUCUCUCAGGUCAUGCGUAUGGCGCCUGAUUUCGAAAAGGCAAAUGAGAUCUACUUCCGCCUUGGAAUCAUCUACAAGCAACAGCAGAAGUUCAGAGAGAGUUUGGAGUGCUUCAAAUACAUCGUCAACGAUCCUCCACGACCGCUCACUGAAGAAGAUAUCUGGUUCCAGAUCGGCCAUGUCCAUGAGCAGCAGAAGGAUUUUGAUUCCGCUCAGGCAGCCUACCGACGGGUUCUUGAACGCGAUCCCAACCAUGCCAAGGUCCUACAGCAGUUGGGUUGGCUUUACCACCAACAGAGCACCAGCUAUGCCAGCCAGGAGAAGGCUAUUGAGUAUCUCGAGAAGUCGGUCAGCGCAGACAACAAUGAUGCCCAGAGCUGGUACCUGUUGGGCCGAUGCUACAUGUCUCAAGCCAAGUAUCCCAAGGCCUACGAGGCGUACCAACAGGCCGUCUACCGUGACGGGCGUAAUCCAACAUUCUGGUGCUCGAUUGGUGUGCUGUACUACCAGAUUAACCAGUAUCGUGACGCUCUUGACGCAUACUCUCGCGCCAUUCGCUUGAACCCCUACAUCUCCGAGGUGUGGUACGAUCUCGGUACACUGUACGAGUCGUGCAACAACCAAAUCGCGGAUGCAUUGGAUGCCUAUGGACGCGCCGCUGACCUGGAUCCCACCAACGUCCACAUCAAAGCACGUCUGCAACUAUUGCAGAGUCAAUUGGCGGGCUCCGGUCAGAGUAACGGCCCGGCUCCCCAACCGCAAGAUGUGCAUCCCCAGGCAUACCAGGCUCCCGGUGUCGGUGCCCCCCCGGCUCCUCAGUGGGGUGCCCCCGCGCCCACUGGCGGUCCCCCUGUUCAGCCGCCUGCUCCCCCGCGGCAAAUCGCCGACUGGAACCGAGGUAUCAACGACCUGCAGUCCCAGCCCCAGGCCUCGAACGGCUUUGAUCAUCGGGAUGGUCCUCGGGGUCCCGCCUCGGCUGCGCAGCAGCCCAGCCCACGUCAGGAGCAAGGCAGACCGUUCCCGGAGCCUGCGCGCGGCCAACCUGCUCCUCGGUCGCCGAAGCCGAGCUUGGGUGGACCAAGUGCCUACCCAUCUUCUCAUACCUUGCCUCAGCUGUCCAACCCUCAACCGCCAUCGCAUGACCGGGGCUCCAGCAGUGGCGCCGGUGCUUUCCCAUCCUCCAACAGAGGUCCCUUGCCUCCCGCGCCUGCUCCUGGCGUUCCGAACGGCGCCCCGGCCAGUGGUGCGACUCUGCCCCCGUAUCCUCGUCCCUUCACCCCCCCGACUGAAAUCAGACCGAUCCGUGAUGAGCGACCAUCCUCCCCAGGCUCUACCUACCCUCAUCAGCAGUAUCAUCAUGGGCCUACUGUGCAGCCUGGCGGUAAUAAUGGCAUAGCCAGCGGCGCACCCCCUCCGGCAUCCGCCGCCACUGCCGCGGAAGCCGCCGCCCGCGAGCGCGAAGAUCGUCCCUCCUCGGCAAUGAAGCGGGGCCGGGAUUGGGACAAUGAGUCCGGCCCGUCGAAGAAGAUUGCCAGUGAGGAGAAUCGGGCCCGGCUGGACGACCAGCUGGCCCGUCGUGUGACCCCGCCGAACCGCAUGCCCUCUCCCGGAGACAUUCAACGUCGCAGCUCCUCGGAGGCCCGUCGCGAGGAGCAGCGCCGUGCCAACGAAAACUACCACCCUUCCGAAGCCGCCCACCACCCCCCGGCCCUCCCACCUAUCCAGCACAUGCAGCAGCACCCCUCCAGUUCCAGCCUUCCCCCGAUGGUUGAGAACCCUGCCUCGGCUGCCAACGGCUCUGCUUCUGCCGCUGGUGGUCCGUCAUCGACCUCGGCGCAGGUCAAGGAAGAGCCCGCCCGGGCGGAACAGCAGGUUGCGCACGAACCCGCUGCGCGCAAGAUGGAUGUAGAUGAAAACUACGACGAUGAUGGUGACGAUGACAAGCGCACCAACAAUGUUGCCAAAGGUAGCCCCCACGGCAGUGGGACCGGCAACGUCGGUAGCAAUGGCAAUGCUGUCGCAUCGCAGUCCAAAUCGGAAUCUUCCGCCUAG